CAUAAUAAAGAUUUGGAAGUUAUGCACUCAUAACUGCCAGGUGAGCUUGUUAAAGUUAUAUAGUGGGGCUGCAAUGUAAAUGUAAAUAUAAUUUGAAAAGUGAUGAUUUUUUUAGUUCAAUCAGUUUACAUGGUGUAUGCGUUUUAUAUGUAACGUGUAUAUAUAGUUAAGUAUGGUUGUUUAUUUACGCUCGUGUGUGUUAAUAUGUGUAUGUGUAUCUUCAUUGUAAGACAAGUAAAGACUUUAGUACAUAUUUUGAGUUGAAUUUUUACUUAAGAAAAUUUUACGACCGGUGAUGAAAUCAACUUUUUGUCUCAGCAAAAUCAUGAUCAAACAUUUGAAAUUAUAGAAAUGUGCAAAUCAAUGCAUAUUCACAUUAUACAAAAUCAGUUAAUUAAUUAUAUGAAUUAAUUUGCAUAUCAGUAUUUUUGUGAAUCAAUUCCUCAAAAAACAUCCAAUGGUUACGAAACUUCGCAUUAUCAAGCAUUUGUCGAUUAAACAUUUUACUCGCACUCUUUGAAACCAUUCGGCUGUUUAUAUUAUAUUUCAUAUUUCUGUUAUAGAAAUUAAUUAUUCUAUUACUUAUUAACAGAGUGAGCAAAUGCUAAUGUUUGUAAGCUUUAUCGUUUUAUCCCUUAUAGUGUUUUAAAAUUACUUUGGAUAAAGAGACAAUAUCUAAGCGUUGUUUUCAAUAAAAUUCACUUAUUUUCGAGUCAAAAUCGUUACACGUGAAAUGUUUCCGUUGACAUGUACACUAUAACUAACCAUCGUCAUUGUUUUGCCGCUCCAAAAUUGAAAUUCUUACCGUAUUAAAAUGCACUUAUAUAUUGUCAUAUAAUAUCCUCCAUACUGGCGUUGAAAAAAAAACCUUAAGCAAGUUAAAGUUACAGUAUCUCUGUUUCAAGAAUUUGCGUGACUACUGUAUUUGUAGUUAUUGUCAUGAUGGUAUGUGAUAUCGUCUCCUCGACGCUUCAACUAUUUCUCCACAAUACCCCAGUACUACCUGCCCGGGUGAAUGCCUAAGGCAGGUUUGCCUUAUCUUUAUCCACUCAACAUGGCACAUGUAAACUAUCAAGAGGAAAGACAAAUAGGAAUGAAAUACACAAUUCUAAAGUUAAUCGUCAUUAUAUUAGCUAAUGAAUCCAUGGUGACAAUUGGAUGUCAAGGAGAUUUCAUCGGACGCAAUAGAUCAUGUCGACCUACGACAUGCCAGACUCCAGAUUCUUUUAAACCACCAAGAUAUUGUUUGGAACGCAAUGAAAAAGAAUGGAAGAAAUGUCUUACAAAUUUAAACAGACCGUUUUCCAGCACCAAAAGAGUCAGAGAUGCAGUUAAUAGACCGCCAUAUAUAUCCAUGUUAUCAACAGACCUGGUGGAAGAUGGUGCCACUACUUUACCUGAAAUAACUGCCGUCAUUUCAUAUAGCACAAGUCAAUAUGCCUACUGGAUAGUGAAUAUGACCAGUAGUGAGAAUGAAAAUGUAGCUGGAGAUCCAUAUUACUAUCGACUACCUGACCAAAGAACUGUACACCUAAAACCGGAACAUCAAAAUCAGGAAGUCAAUAUUACGAUGUCAUACAGAGGACUUGAACCAUGUACCAAUAGGUGCAAUCUGCAUGGUUGUUAUCUGUACGUAUUCCAUCUGAUCUCGCUGUUACCUGGAUAUUCGGCUAUGACGUAUUACAUCACAGUUUUUAACAUUUCAAAAAAUGUUAAUUUAUCCAAACUAAGCACAAGUUGGAAGUCUUCAAUUGCUGUUAGCUCGGCAACAGGAACUGUGCUUGUAGUGUUUGAGCCAAUUCCUGCAAGACUACUGUCGCCUGAAAACGUCAGUUACAGAAUUGGUAUUCAUAAAUCCCCAGAAUCUUAUGACACAUCUCCUCCAGUGCAAAGCUAUGAGACACAAAGGGCAGCAACAACAUAUACACAUACGUUCCUUGGGAUUGACACAGGAGAUUACUUUGUUGAGGUUAACUGCAUUUUGUACAAUCAAAAUUUGCACCCUAAUCCAUGGAGCAGAUCCCAGCCAUUCUCGGUUCCGCCGAUCGAUGGAAAUCAUUCUCGUGAGGACCUGUUUUUACCUGGAGAGAACGUCGAUAUCAAAGCUGAUAAGAAAAUUGACAAAACCUCAAAGGAUUUCAAGAUUAUUAAUUCAUUAUCAGUAGUUGCUGCACUUUGUGUAGUCAUAUUAUUGACAAGUGGUAUUUACAUUUUACGACGAAAGUCUUCAGUCAGAAAGUCCGAAUAUCCGAAUAGGCACACUUCUCCAUUUGGAACCCAAAACAAUUUUACUCAGGCCGAUGAAACUGUGCAAGGAAGAAAUCUAAUCGAAACAUUUGAAGACAGAUUGCUGGAUUUUAACAAAUAAAAACGAUUGAAA